AUAGUAUUACUUCUUUUAAUGAAAUACUGAUAGCACAUAACUGUACUUAGUGAAUACAUACAGUUUAGUAUCUACUAACAAAAAUGGAGAUACCAGUUACGUAUUGUUUGUGUGGUCGUUCUUAUGAUGCUGAACAAUUUAUGAUACAAUGCGAUAUUUGCAAAGAAUGGUACCACGGCGGGUGUGUAACUCUAAAAGAGUACAUGUCAAUAGACCUUGAUAAAUAUCAUUGUCCUAAAUGUGAGACGAUAUGUGGACCGUCUAUCAUGAAAACUAGAUUGAAUUGGCAUAGACACGAUUAUACCGAAAUAGAUGCUGAUUCUAAGCCUGUUCAAACUGGAACUCCAGUAUUCAUUAGAGAAUUAAAAUCUAGACAUUUUCCUAAAGCUGAUGAUAUAGUAAAACACGUCAGGGGACAACAAUUAACGUUGCAAUAUCUACAGACUAAUGGAUUUGAAACACCUAUCAUUAUAGAUGGCAAAGAUGGUCUCGAUAUGAGCGUACCUCCUCCAAACUUUAGUGUUUACGAUGUUGAAAGUUAUAUAGGUGGAGAUCGUGAAAUGGAUGUGAUAGAUGUUACAAGACAAAGUAACAUUCGAAUGAAAUUACGAGACUUCGUAGAAUAUUACAAUUCCCCUUGUCGGACAAGGGUUUUUAAUGUGAUAAGUCUCGAAUUUACAAAUACUGGUCUUUCACCAAUGGUCGAAGCACCAUACAUCGCGCGCAAACUUGACUGGGUAAACUCUGUUUGGCCACGUGAUUGGCCCGAAGAAAGCGAUAUAAAGCGUCCUGAAGUACAAAAAUAUUGCCUAAUGGGAGUCAAAGACAGUUUCACAGAUUUUCAUAUAGAUUUUGGCGGGACUUCCGUAUGGUAUCAUGUAUUAAGGGGGGAAAAAGUGUUUUACCUUAUAAAACCGACACCAGCAAAUUUACAAUUAUAUCAGCACUGGAUGUGCAGUUCAACACAGAGUGAAACUUUCUUUGGAGACCAGGCUGAUGCAUGUUACAAAUGCGUUAUUAAACAGGGCCAGACUAUGAUGAUACCAACCGGUUGGAUACAUGCCGUCUUAACUCCAGUCGAUUCUUUGGUUUUCGGUGGAAAUUUUGUACAUAGUCUCAAUAUUCCUAUGCAGAUACAGAUAUAUGAGUUGGAAAGAAAGAUGAAAACCCCUGCCAAAUUUCAAUAUCCCGGUUUUGAAACGGUUAAUUGGUUUGCUGCUAAAAAAUUGCUUAAAGAAUUGAAAGAAUUAAAUAACGAAGAGAAAAAAUGUCCGUCGUAUUUUUUACAAGGUGUUAGAGCGUUAUUAAGUAUUUUAAAACAAUGGAACACUGAUAAAGAUUACAAUAUGAUUAGCCGAAGUCAAAUACCGGAUACGAUAAAUAGUCAAAAAUUAUUGAAAGAUUUUAGUAAAGAAAUACGACAUGCGGAAAGAUAUUUAAUAUCAUUAAAUCCUCCUAAACCGGAGCGUGAGAGUAAACGAAAGAAAAAGAAGCCAUUGAAUAAAGAUUUCGUAGAUUACGAUGUUGCGGAUAAAAUGGCAGAAAAUCCUUUUAAAGCGACAUUAAAGGAAACAAAUAAAGUUGGAACAUUAAUUAGCGAUAAUAUACCGACUAAUCGGCCACCAUUAAAAUUAACUUUAUCAAAACCCGUUAUGUAUCCAUAUGUUAAAAAUACGCCGAUGGAAGAAAAACAUGUUAAUAGUUCUACUCAGAAACGUACAUCCAAACCAGGAAAACAAAGUCCUACCGUAAUUAGAUUCAAAUUGGGAAACAACGAAGUUGUUAGAAGUACAAACGAUAAUAUCAAUUUAAAAAAUAAUUUUCCAUCGAAUCAUACUACUGUGGUAACGAAAGAACUUGUUUGGAAUCGGACAUCUGUAUAUGAUUUUCAUGACGGUAGUAAUGAAAGUGAUUACGGUAGAUUUACUAUAGAUGAGUCUCCAAAAAGAAGAAGAAAUUCUAAAUCUAACACACAGAAACGAUUUAAGCGAGAUUACGAUGGCGACGUUGAUGUUCUGAAUGAUAUGCCUAAGAAUGGUAUCGAAGAAUUAUUGAAAGCAUCAGCGUAUACAUUGGGAAAUGCUCCACAAAGAUUAGACAUUACACCAUCCACGAUUCCACAGUACAGUCAACCUGUGCCACCACCUCCUACAGGUAUUUAUAAAUUGAAAACGGCUAGUUCUGACAGGGCAUCACCAUCAACUCGUGAAGCCAUUGCCGGAAUGUUAUCGUUCAGCGAGCAAUGUUACUCGACAACCUCAAGUAAUUCCACGAAACCAACAAAAAUUGAAAAGACACAACGCAAUAAUGCCAAUGAUGAUGACGAUCAAUUAAUAGAAAAUAUUGAUAAAGUUCAUCAGGAUGAUGAUUUUAUUUAUCCGGCUUUGGAUGCUUCUGACGAUGAAGAUUAUAUUUUCAAACCAAAAGCAAAAAGUCAGAUAGAUGAAGCAUGGAAUCCGAAGGCCAGAGUUGGGCCACUCUUGCCAAAGACAAAUCGACCGGCACGAGAAGGAGUAAGGAAAACUUCUGUGGAAAAGGGAUUGGAAGCAGCAGCCGCGAAACGGGCAAAACAAGCGGGUGAAUAUCUGGAUAACGACAUGGACAAGAUUACGAAGAAGAAAUUGAAUACAACGAAGAGGACGUACAAUAAGAAAAAGCAAAAGGACACAUCUGUUACGUCUGGGCCAACUUCAGUUAUACCUAUGGAAAACAUUGUGAAAACAAGUAGUGGAUAUGGAUCGAUAUUGACAAGUCCAAAUAGGUUGAAAGAUGUUAAGGCUAAGUUAGCUGCACCAGUUCCAAUUGAACGUAAACCUAGAAAAGGAAUGAAAACGGCUAAACAACGUUUGGGAAAAAUUUUAAAACUUCAUAAAAUGAUGCAUUAGAUAAAGAACUGACAUUGACAAUUAUAACAUCACAUCAUUCAUUCAUUGAUACAUUAAAUUCAUAAUAGAUGUAAAUUGCUAAUAUAAAUUGUAAAUAUAUAUAUCGGAUAAUUCAAAAAGGUGAUACUAAACACCUAUAUUUAUUACUAUAUCGUUUAAUAGUUACUUUCUUGUCAAUUUCUUCAAUUUGUUUAAUUUUUUAUCGGAUUUCUUUUACU